AUAUGUUUGUAAAGUUUUUGGAAAUAAUUCGCGAAAUUAAUUGGGUGGAGUACAAAAUACAAGUAAAAUAAGGUUGUUUUUUUUUGAAUUUUUUUUGUCAAAACAAACAUAAUUUAAAUAUUUUUGUAAAGUAAUGAUAAUAAAAAAUGGGAUAAUUUCCCUAAGAGCGGAACAUAUGUGCACUGCCUCACGUGAGGAAGUAAAAGAAAAGUAAAAAAGCUGUCUGACAUUGUUGACGAAAUGUACGACAGAGUGGAAAAUGUUGAAGAUGAAAGUAAGGAUGUAUUUUCGAAAACAGAAAAACUGUUUGAAGAAAUAAUGAAGUUUGUUAAAAGAAUAAAUGAUAUCGACGAUAUGUGCAAGUGGCUUAGAGAAGCAAUUGACAAUGUGAGUGAUCAGAAUAAAAGUGAAAUUGAUAGACUUGAAGAAAUAAUUUCACGCCUGCAAGUCCAGAUUAAUGAGCUUGAAGAAUCAUCUCAGCAAGUUGUCAAAGAAUUAGAAAAAAAGCACAAUGAACUAGUAUCUGAUGUUGCAUUUAAAACUGAUUUGGAGAAAGUGAGGUUGGACAUGAAUGAUAUUAUCGAAGCUGAAGUUUCAGGAAUAAGAGACUUGAUUAAUGCACUGAGAGAGGAAUGUGUACCCAAGAUUGACUUUGCUGAACUUGAAUCUCGAGUUGAAACUUUAGAGGAAACAAAAGUUAACAGAGAAGAGAUGGGUCGCUUAUUGGAACCAGGCUUUGUUGAUAAUUUUUUGGAAGAGCAGGAAAGCUUGCGAGCAGAUGUCGAUGGUUUAAAAAAAACGGUCUCCUAUCUUGAAGAAGACUUGAAUAAUUUAACAACCAGGGUUGAAGAGGAAAUUGUCAAAAGUAUGGAACAACAAUUCGAAGAAAUUGGACAGAUGCUUGAGGUGAUGAAUGCAAAAUUAGCAACCCUAGAUGCUGAUGAAAUAAAUGAUUCUUUUGCAAAUCUAGAAGAUCAAGCUGCCAUGUUGAUCAAGGAAUUAGAAGAUAUGAAAAAUGCACAUGACCUAUUUAAAAAAGAAGCAAAACUGAAUUUUAACAAAAUAUCGAACGUCAACGCAUUAUUGGAUAAACUGGAACAAUCAAAAGUGGACAAAUCUAAACUUUAUGAACUCCUUGAAUUAAAAGCUGAUGUUGAUAUGAUCAGAAAUAAGCUGGAUCGAAGUGAGUUCCUUUCAAUGAAACGAACCAUUAUGGAAGAUCUCGAGCGAUUAACGAUUACUGUGAAAAUAAACGAAGAAGAAAUGAGCGAAGGUAUUCGUAAACUUCGUCAAGAUUUCGCUUUGAAAAUGUACACGGAAGACUUUGUCACAGCCACCGAGCCUAUACGAAAUAGAAUAAAAGCUCUUAUGUAUGAACUUAAAAAAGUAAAAGAAAUUGCUCUAGCCCAAUUGUUCCCGGAUGCUCCUGGUGUUAUCAAAUGUUUUGGAUGCAAGCGAGCUGCAAAUUUAUUGAGCUACAAUUACCAAGGUAGUGGGGAUGAUGAAGAUCCACCAAUUUCUCAAAGAACCAGAUCAAGGGCAGUUGCGAAUUCCUCCCAGCCAACCUCUAAAACAACCUCUGAUUUAAGGUUUCCUCCAAUAGACAUUGACAAUGUACCAAUACCACCCCCGGACAAGAAGCGAGAAGUACCGCCUGAUCAAUUGCCGAUGUUAAUUGCUAAUGCAAAGCCUAAUAUUGGACUUCCUUGGGAAAGAAGAAAAGCAGACAUUGACAGAGAGCUUCGAGCUUAUUUUGCAACAAGGAAAAUCCGUCCUAUUGGAGGAGGCUACACUCAAUCACAGCCUCAGCAGAAAGGUUUAAAGUUUACUACUAAAGUUUUGAAAUCAGAAAAAGUAGUUCCAGAAAUAAAAAGUCUGAGGGAACCUAAGGAGAAAAAAGGUUUUAUAAAGCCUGUUUUGAAAAAGGUUCCUCCUUCCAGUAGUCGACGCAAUUUGGUACCUUCAUCCAUUGGAUUGCAUGUAAAUGAAGACCCGGCGAAAACAACAUCUUAUACUAUAGAAGCUGACAGAAUUGAUGCAGAACAAAGUGAAACAGAUUCGAAUUCCAGCGACAUCAAAAAUAAGAAUGAAGAACAAUAAACUAAAUUUACAAAUUUAAAUUUCCUAUCAUGUUUAAACUGGAAGCUGUCAUUAUUAUUAUUAUUGAUCUAAAAAUAAACGUAGAAAACA